AUGGCAACCAGAACCACCACGCAACUCUUCGUCAGAGAACUCGAAAACCGUUUCGUCGCCGCCUUGAGAAACUGCGUGAAAAUAACCCAACUGAAGAAGAUUCAUGCCCACAUCGUGAAACUUUCGCUUUCACAGAGCAACUUCGUGGCCACGAGAAUGGUGGAUUUGUGCGACAACAUUGGCCAAGUGGGUUACGCUACGUUGCUCUUCCAGCAGCUAGUUGAACCAAACGUGUUCUCCUACAACGUGAUGAUCAAAACGUAUACACACAAUCACCACCAUUCUCAAGCAAUCACUCUCUUCAUCCAAAUGCUGAGAGAGCCAACGAGAUCAGCAAUGCCAGACAGAUUCACGUUCCCGUUCGUGAUAAAGUCAUGUGCGGGGCUUCUGUACCAUCGUCUUGGUCAGCAAAUUCAUGGGCACGUUUGCAAGUUUGGACCGAAUUCACAUUCCAUAACAGAGAAUGCGCUUAUUGAUAUGUAUACGAAGUUUGGUGAUUUGAACAAUGCGUACCAAGUGUUUGAGGAAAUGACUGAGAGAGAUGCAAUUUCAUGGAAUAGUCUUAUAUCUGGGCAUGUGAGGUUGGGGCAGAUGAAGAGUGCAAGGGUGCUGUUUGAUGAAAUGCCGAGUAGGACAAUCGUGUCGUGGACUACUAUGAUUACUGGGUAUACCAGAACAGGUUGUUAUGGUGAUGCAUUGGACAUUUUCCGCAGGAUGCAAAUGGUGGGGAUUGAACCUGAUAAGAUUAGUAUUAUAGCUGUUCUGCCUGCAUGUGCUCAGCUUGGAGCACUUGAGGUUGGGAAAUGGAUUCACAUGUAUUCGGAUAAAAAAGGGUUUUUGAAGCAGAAUGAGCUGUGUAAUGCCCUGAUUGAAAUGUAUGCCAAGUGUGGUUGCAUUGAUGAAGCUUGGCGCGUAUUUGAUCAGAUGGCGGAGAAGAAUGUUAUUUCUUGGAGUACCAUGAUCGGAGGGCUAGCUAAUCAUGGAAAAGGUCAUGCGGCAAUUGAACUCUUUCAAGACAUGCAGAAAGCAAAAGUGGGUCCGAAUGAGAUAACUUUCCUUAGUGUUUUGUCGGCUUGCGUUCAUGCUGGCUUGUGGGAUGAGGGGCUGAAAUAUUUUGCUGUUAUGAGGAUGGAUUAUCACAUGGAGCCUGAAAUUGAGCACUAUGGUUGCCUAGUUGAUCUUCUAGGACGUUCGGGACAUCUGGAUCGGGCUCUAGAUACCAUAUUGAAUAUGCCGAUAAAACCGGAUUCAAGGAUAUGGAACUCUUUGUUAAGCUCUUGCAGGAUUCAUCGCAAUCUUGAGAUUGCCAAUAUUGCAAUGGAACAACUUGCAGAGCUUGAGCCAGAGGAAUCAGGGAACUAUGUUCUGCUGGCUAACAUAUAUGCAGAACUUGGCGAGUGGGAAGGUGUAUCAGAGAUCAGGAAACUCAUAAGAAACAAGAGGAUAAAGAAAACCCCGGGGUCUAGUUCAAUUGAGGUUAACAAUGUGGUUCAAGAGUUUGUAUCAGGAGACAAUUCAAAGCCCUUCUCACAAGAUGUCUUUUGUGUCCUAGAAGGGCUCGCUUUACACCGAACUAGAAUGGACGAGUUCAUGGAAUUUGUGGAAGAAGAUGAAGAUCAAGUUCAUAGUAACAUUAUGUAGUUGAGUUUCAAUUAUUUUUUCAAACCUUCAGUGUAGUGAGUUUUUAUAACAAAAUCUUAAUUGUCUUAGCCAUAGAAUUUCAAAAGGAGUUCACUUUGCAGAA